AUGGUCGGCACGGGAGAUAUUAGCGCUUGCCCACCUCGCUUCCCCCGCCCGUCGCCUUUACUCUCCCCGCCCACCGCCUUCGCUGCGCCCGUCGCCUCGCCUCCUCCCCGCCCACCGCCUUCGCUGCGCCCGUCGCCUCGCCUCCUCCCCGCCCACCGCCUUCGCUGCGCCCGUCGCCUCGCCUCCUCCCCGCCCACCGCCUUCGCUGCGCCCGUCGCCUCGCCUCCUCCCCGCCCACCGCCUUCGCUGCGCCCGUCGCCUCGCCUCCUCCCCGCCCACCGCCUUCGCUGCGCCCGUCGCCUCGCCUCCUCCCCGCCCACCGCCUUCGCUGCGCCCGUCGCCUCGCCUCCUCCCCGCCCAUCGCCUUUGCUUCCUCCGCCCGCCCUCGCUUCUCCCCUCCCGUCACCCUUGCUUCCCAUGCCCGCCGCCCUCGCUUCCCGCGCCCGUCACGUACCGCCUCUUCCCUGCCUACCACCCUCGCCUUGCGGGUCGCCAUCGCCGCCUCCCCGUCCGUCGCCCUCGGUUUCCCCCUCCCGUCGAUCUCGCUUUCCCCCUCCCGUCGACCUCGCUUUCCCCCUCUCUUCGCCCUCGCUUUCCCCCUCCCGUCGACCUCGCUUUCCCCCUCCCGUCGACCUCGCUUUCCCCCUCCCGUCGACCUCGCUUCCCGUCGACGUCGCUCUCGUUCCCACCGCCCACUCUUUGUCGAGCUUCCCCUCUUCUUCGCCCUCUCUUCCUUCCCCCGUCGCCCAUGCCCAUUCCCCUCCCUCGCGCCGUCGCCCUCGCGACGUAUGGGGUGAGGCGGAGAUGGGUGAGGGGAGGGGACACAGGGCGGGUUUCCUUAUCAUUCACAGCAACAGCAGUAGGGAUGGGGAGAUGCGGGAUGGGGAGGAGGAGAGGGAUGGGGAGAUGAGGGAUGGGGAGGUGUGGGAUGGGGAGGUGAGGGAUGGGGAGGUGAGGGAUGGGGAGGUGAGGGAUGGGGAGGUGAGGGAUGGGGAGGUGAGGGGUGGGGAGGUGAGGGAUGGGGAGGUGAGGGAUGAGGAGGUGUGGGAUGGGGCGGUGAGGGAUGGGGAGGUGAGGGAUGGGGAGGUGUGGGAUGGGGCGGUGAGGGAUGGGGAGGUGAGGGAUGGGGAGGUGAGGGAUGGGGAGGUAAGGGAUGGGGAGGUGAGGGGUGGGGAGGUGAGGGAUGGGGAGGUGAGGGGUGGCGCUGCACCUGGAAAUAAACCGCUGUCUUGUCGUACGCUGCAUGCGCUGACACUAACUCUAGCCUGA